GUCCAGAAUGACAGAAAAGUACUUUGGAAGCAGCACAGAACCGAGUAUUUUUGACAAAAUGCUCGCAAAUCCCUCCGUGGAGGAUUCCUCAUCAAUGGGAUUCCGUGGGAAUGUCGAAGCAAUCCCCGUUGCUGAUGAAAUUCGUGAUUUGUGGCAACCCCCAGAGCAGGAGCCCGGAGUUCCACCACUCCUCACCAUGCCAGGUGUGCUGUCGUCGGAAGAUCUGGCAGAUCCCGUUCGGGAAGCCAUCGCUACGGCUUUUGGCCCGGAGGAGGCAAAGAAAAAUCCCAGUUUGACGUGCAACGAUGUGACGCAGGAUGAACGAGGAUUGCGGAAGUUAAUUGACGAAGGCUGCUUCAGGGCUGCUGUGAAUCUCACAGGGCGCCUCCUGACCAUCUAUGGGCAGGGUUAUGGCCGCCUGGGGCAGCCGGCAAAGCACACACCUCAUUCCCUGCAACUCUGGUUCACGCGCUUCACACUUCUCGUGAAGUUGGGAAUGUUUGAUCUCUGCCAGAUGGAAUCCGAUGCCUUCGGGGAGCUGGCACGCCCUGACAUUUACUACGAAUUCUACCCGGAAAUGUACACCAAUCGUCGUGGAUCCAUGGGCAGCUUUAGCUUCCGCCUGUUGCUGGCUGAGCUGCCGAUGUACCUGGGAGCAGCCAAUGUUGCCCUCAAUCGUCUCACAGCCAUGGAGAAUACGUGCAGGAAGAUUGAGCGAGUGAUGCAGGGCACAGGUGUGGAGAAUAAUGAGAAAUUCUGGAGGAGACGUCGUGUCCGUGUGCAGCAUUCCAUCAUCAAUUGCGCCCUGAUGCUGAAGAACUUCAGCAUGGUGCAUCACUUCAUUGAAUCCCUCAUUGAGGAGAAGUGCUGGACAAAUGAGGAACUUGGCGCACUCUAUUCAGUCGCUGGCAAGAUCUACCUGCAAUGCGGGGACAUCCUCAUGGCGGAGAAGAAGCUGACAAGUAUGCGGAAGCUCGGACUCACAAGCCAGGAGUUUCAGGUGCAGGAAUGCGUGGACAAGGGAUUAAUUUAUGUGGCUCAGAAUGACUUUGAGGAAGCUCUGAAAUGCUUCCAGAAAGCCUCAUCCCUUCAGCCAACUAAUGCCAUGAUUUCAAACAAUGUGGCUGUUUGUCUGCUCUACCUGGGCAGGAUGAAGGAAGCCAUCGCAACGUAUGAGAAUAUGACGGAAAAUAAUCCCAAACAGGCUAUAAAUGAGAACUUCCUGAUAAAUCUCUGCACUCUGUACGAAUUGGAAUCCAAUUUUUCGCGCCCCAAGAAGCUUGUCCAGCUCCAAAGGGUUGCAAAGCAGCGCCGGGAUAUCUGUAUGAAUAUUGAUGUUUGUCUCAAACUCCAUUCCAAUAAUUAAUAAAUUAUUUUUUCUGCAAAAAACAAA